GAGUGAGUUAUUGUAUAAAAGAACAAGAGACAGGUUAAAACAAAAAAUUGUUUGUUAGUAAACGGACUGCCGGACUAUCUUGUAGUGUCUUGGAAAAGAUCUACACACAUAGUUAUAUAAAUGGAAAUAAUAAUAAACAGUUAAUUCACAAUGGCACCAAGAGGAGAGAAUUAUUUGGAAAUUGCUCAUCAAAGGGCUAUAGAGAAGAAAACUCACGUUAGCUUUCCUCAACUCAAAUAUCCUUCACUUAGAGAUGAAGGUCUUAAGGAUCCGGUUCAAUGGUUGACUGGAAAAGCUAUGGACGAUGGUGCUGAAGGCUUGUGGAGAGUGCAUGAUAAAAUUUAUGAUCUAACUACUUUUAUUAAACAGCACCCUGGUGGAGCUGAAUGGCUUGAGUUAUCAAAAGGAACUGAUAUAACAGAAGCUUAUGAAGUUCAUCAUCUGAACCCAUCAAUAAAUAAUAUACUAGAAAAGUACUAUGUAAAACCAGCGGUAGCUCCGAGAAAUUCACCUUUUACUUUCAAAAAAGGUGAUUUCUAUGACUCGUUGAAAAAAGACGUAGUAGAAGAAUUGAAAAAAAUACCAAAACACGUCGCUACAAGAACGAACAAAAUUAUUGAUGGAUUACUAAUUACUCUUCUAAUUUCUUCAACUUUGUCAUGUUACUCGAAUAAUUAUUGGAUUAGACUCGUAUCUUAUUUAGUAGCAUCGUUAUCUAUGGCGUGGGCAAUGGUAGCCUCACAUAAUUAUAUCCAUAGAAAAAAUAACUGGAGAAUGUACGUUUUUAAUGUAGGCUUAUGGUCAUACAGAGAUUUUAGAGUGUCUCAUGUGUUGUCACAUCACUUAUUUCCUAACACACUUAUGGAUUUAGAGAUUAGUGCAUUUGAACCAUUGGUACACUGGAUUCCAAGGCGCAACGUUCCAAAAUAUGCUAAUUUAGCAUUUUUGUUUGAAAAUAUAGUGUUUCCAUUUUUAUUCAUAAUAACGUUUUUGAAAAGGUUUUUCUUAAAUUUCAUAAGAAAGGAUUAUUUUAAAAAUCACUACCGGUGGCAUGAUGUAAUUGGACUUACCAUACCUCUUUGGAUGUGGUUAACCAGCGGUGCUCCGUUCCACGAAGUUUUUACAACUUGGUUAUGGAUUAACUGCACUGCAAGUUUUAUUUUCUUCACAAUUGGAUCGAAUGCAGCCCAUCAUCAUCCAAAACUAUUUCAUGAUGGCGAUGAACUUAGAGAGCCGACGCGAGACUGGGGUAUACAUGAGGUGGAAUCAGUAAUCGAUCGAACAGAUAUCAAUGACAAUUUAUUUAAGGUUAUGACUUUCUUCGGAGACCACACCCUUCAUCAUCUCUUCCCGACACUGGACCAUGGAUUACUACCGCAUUUUUAUCCUGCACUUUUGAAAAAUGUUGAGAAAUUCAAAGUCAAAUUUAGAACCACGACACAGUUUGAGUUAUUUAUCCAACAAAUUAAGGUAACAAUGAAAAGAGAACCUAACCUUUUAUCUAAUAUAGAAUGAAUAUUCUGCAUUAUAUUUUAUUAUAUUUUGGUUAUGAAAUUCUAACAUUUAUUAAAAUUUAUUAAAUGUUGAGAAACUAA